AUGGACCACCCAGGGACCACCACAGACCACCAUAGACCACCAGGGACCACCAUAGACACCAGGGACCACCAUAGACCACCAAGGACCACCAUAGACCAGGGGUCACCACAGACCACAAGGGACCACCACAGAUCAAGGACCACCAUACCAGAGACCACCAUAGACCACACAGAUCACCAAGGACCACCAUACCCCACCAGAGAUCUGCAGACCACCAGAGAUCACCAUAGACCUAGGGACCACCAUAGACCACCAGGGGAACCACCACAGAUCACAAAGGACCACCACAGACCCAGGGACCACCACAGACCACCAGGGACCACAGACCACAGGGACCACCACAGAUCACCAAGGACCACCAUAGACCACCAGAGAUCACCACAGAUCACCAGGGACCACCACCGGUCACCAAGGACCACCAUACCCACCAGAGUCACCAUAGACCACAAGGGACCACCACAGAUCACCAGGACCACCAUACCCACAGAGAUCACCACAGACCACAAGGAACCCACAGACCACCAAGGACCACCAUAG